CGCACGGGCAGGGCCGCAGCCAAGACGGCACGACUUUGCUCGUUGCCCGGAGGCCACGCCGGGGCCCGCCGGCUCUUCGAGAAGCGGGCUGUGGUGUCACGCUGUACGCCUCAAAGCCCCGCCUGGUGUGCGCAAGGGCCUCCUUCCCUUUUCUCCUCCUGCUCCGCCCUCCCCCUCAUCAGGAGGAGGAAAAGGUACCCAUACCUCUACCCUUCGCCCGUUUUCUUUUUUUGGGGCCUACUGGGAGGCCCUCGUCGCCACCGCUGGAUGCGCCUCGAAGUCCAGGUCAGAACGCACCCCGGGAGAGGUCCGGGGAGUAGCGGUAUUGGUACCUUUUGGCUUCCCCACCUCCUGAAAACCUCGCGCUCGGCUCGCUUCCGCAGCCAUUCUGCCUCCACACACCCGAUUUCUCAUGCUACCCCCCCACAUUCUGGACUGCCCGGGCAGCCAUGAGCUUCCCUGGGAGGCUGAUGCUUCUGAUGCUGCCAUGGCUUGCACCGCUGCUUACCGCGGGGCUGCAUUCCCGGAAAGGCAGCCAAGGGGAGCCCGAGGCUUUGCGACGCCGCUCACUGCUCUCGGAGACCACGCCAGACUCGCCAGGCGCAGCGGGCACAGCGGAAGCAGCUGGCCCAGGAGCGGCAGGCAAGCGAGUGCUGCUGAUCGUGGCGGGCCUGGCUCGACACAUCGACGAGACAUGGCCCCGUUUGGUGGAAUCCCUCAUCGUGCCCAAUGAGAUCGAAGGCUGGGUACACGUUCACGACCUUUUUCAGCACCAAUGCGGGCCUCGGUUGCAACCGGAACUCGUCCAUGUGGAAGGAGCGCAAGUGCGAGGAGCCUACCGAGCGGCAGGCGAAUGUGCAACAAAUCAAGAAUGUGUUCGCCCCCCGCGUGGUGAAAGUGCUCGAUUAUCUUGGCGGCGUGGAUGCCCACCUUCGGGCCGCCCGCGACGGGGCGGACGAAGCCACCGACGCAGGCACCGGGUGGUCCUGGUGGGACCGCGUGCACCACGUGCUCAACUACGUCGGACCGGGCGCAAGGUUUGACAGGAUGGUGGCGUUGCGGCCCGACGUCGUCCUGCAGCGUGCUCCGAGAGAGGGAGCCGCGCCCCCGGAAGGCCGUGUGGUCCUGCGGCUGGACGAGAUGUGCCAGAAGAAGCCCGGCCUCAGCUUCGUCACCGCAUCGUGGCGGCGCCGGCGUGGCGCCUGGCUGCACGAUCGCGACUUCGACUUCAUGCAGAUCCUGUGCCCCAGCGAGGGGCUCCCGGUGUACGAGCUGGCCCUGCGUGCGCCCACGGAAACCUGCAAGAAGGGUGCUGUGCCCGCCCUGCCGCCCGGCUUCCACUCCGUGAAGGGCUGGGGCGCCCACGCGAUGUACUGCCGAUUCGUCCAGGUGUUCCAGGUCAGCAACAUCUCGGUGUCAAACUGGGACGAUGACUACCACCUGAGCUGGCUGGACAGGUUCUGCACAUCUCCCAAUGGAACUGGGCUCUGCGAAGGCUCCGAACACCAUCCUGAUGUGUUCUGACGGUUCUGGGCUCUGGCCUCUGUUAUUUGGAAGCGCUAUCGCACGAGAAGCACGGUCAAGUAAUUAUGUAUCCGAUGCACUCCAGAGCGAUGUUGUACAUUCGAUGUGCCGUUGCGUACUGAUCGCACUUUGCAACAGAAAAGUCUGUGCGGGUCCCCUCGGCGGUUAGGGAUGUCGAGAUAAAAGCGGUUGUGCGGCCAACAUAAUCCCGCAUUGCAUCAUGCACAGAAUUGUUUGGCCGUCAUCGGAUCGGUCGAGAGGGGAUGUGGAGC